GCAGCAGCGACGUCGGCCGACUGAUUUUUGAUUUAAGAAGAAAAAAAAAACAAAUUACAAACAGUCCGCAGACUCAUUUAUUUGCCGCACUUCGAGGCGUUCACAACGUUCAAACAGCAGCGCGCGCACCACGAUCGACAGUGUCGGCAAAGCAGUGCGACCAAGCGGUUUACAAUUUAAUUCAAAUUUAAAUUCAAAUCAACGCAGAAUAUAUGCAUAAUACGUGAAAAGCUAUUAAUUAAAUGUUACAAGUGAUAUUAACUUUUAAAUAAAUAUAGAAAAACGUGAUCGAACGUGCGCAUCCCAUAAAUUCCAUAAUUUAUGCAGCAAAAAAAACCAAGCCAGGAAGGACACUUGGGCAAUAAAUUAAUCGACGCUUUACAGUCAAUAUAAUUAAAGAAAAUACGUAAUCAAACAGCAUCGACAACUACUAAGAAAGUAAAACCGGCAGCUGUACUCAGAGCCAUUUAAACAUGACGCCCCGGCUGCUACACUUGGUGGCACUGUUCGCGUUGGCCAGUCUGGUCCAGGCCUUUCCCUACUCCUACCACAUGAGAGCCCCUCGCCGCUGCCAAUCGAUGGCCUGGAGGCGGAGGGUGGUCCGCUGGCCAACAGAAUUGUGGUGCAGUCGCCGUCGCUGGACAAUGUGUAUAUGGAUUAUGUGGUCACAUCGAAGCCGCUGAACCUGCGGAAGUACAACAAGAACGGCAGUAAGACGAAAAAAACGAAAAAGGAUUCGAAAAUCUAUUAUAUACCCGUACCCCCACUGCCCUUCCGUCACAUACCCGGCAUCGGUCUGGACUAUCAGCCCAUGAAAAUCAAUCCCAUCCUGCUGGAAAAGGAAACGCAGACGACGCAGGCGCCCCAGCAGAGCACCACAGUCCGUCCAUUAGCACUGAAGCCAAUGCCGGGCAAGCCAUCGAUGGAUCCCAAUAACCUGGGCUACUUCUAUCCCAGCAAACUGUUGCGGGUGCAGCACCAGAAGGAUUACUACUUCAACGGGCGUCCCCAUCGGCUGCAGGUGGCCCAUGCCGAUGCCAAGUCCGCCCUGACUGCCCUCAAUCUUAAGUCCAAGUUCUACUACAAUAAAAAUAUUAUUUAUUAAUAAAUUUAGCUAGCAAACAAUUAAACCA